AUGUCGUCAAUCCUGUAUUCUCCGGCUCUUGAUUAUGCUGCGUCUCUGCGCGGAGUCAUUCUUUCACCACUCUUGUCCGGACCACUCCUGUUAGCCGUUACUUAUGCACCCAAUGCUGUACGCGACAUCCUUCUUUACCUGGACAACCGACUGCACGGUCUGCAUUCAGCAGAUUCGACUUUGAGUCUGUCCACUGUCACCACAGCAUUGCGCGUUCUCUUUGGACUUGGUCUCAUCCGGCAGCUGAACCGUACUUUAAAUACAAUGGCCGCCAACUCGUGGCGCCUGACAGCAACCAAAGGUUGGGACUGGCCCAAUGAGAUUGCCGUCGUCACGGGUGGCUGUAGCGGAAUCGGCAAAAGCAUCGUCGAAAAGCUUGUAGGACUCGGCGUACGAGUUGCUGUGCUCGAUAUACAGAGCCUGCCCAAGCCGAUGGAGAACAACCCACGCAUUCGUUUCUUCAAGUGCGAUGUCACAUCGUCGGAGUCUGUGGCCUCAGCUGCAGAUGCCGUCCGCCGGGAGCUCGGACACCCGUCUAUCCUCAUCAAUAAUGCCGGCAUCACCCGCCCCACCCCAAUCCUCAAAAUGCCGGAGUCAUUCCUGCGCAGGAUCUUCGCCGUCAACUGCCUUUCUCUGUGGCUGACGACCCAGCAAUUCCUACCACGAAUGAUCCAGGUGAACAAGGGUCAUGUAGUCACUGUUGCCAGCAUUGCCUCCUUUGUAGCACUGCCCACAGGUGCUGAUUAUUCUGCUUCCAAAGCGGGUGCUCUGGCAUUCCAUGAGUCUCUCGCAUGCGAGCUUAAGCACUUCUAUAAGGCACCAAACGUCUUGACUACUGUUGUUCACCCCAACUUCGUCCGCACACCACUUGUCGAGGAUUUCGCGGACCACCUGGAACGGUCUGGUGUUCGUAUGCUCACUAGCGAACAGAUUGCUGAGCCAAUAGUCGCCCAGCUCAAGAGCCGGCGAGGGGGCCAGUUGAUUAUUCCGAGGUCUGCAUCCCCGAUUUCUGGUAUCAGAGGAUGGCCAACUUGGUUGCAGGAAUCAAUUCGGGACAUACUCGGCCGUCAAUCAAUAGGGGCCUAA